GAUGCUGGGUAGAAUGGAGGAACACACGGAGGCAAGCUUGGCACCAGAUCCAGGGGUCCAGAGGGUCCUAAUCGACAAUCCUGCUGAUAUCCUGGUCAUUGCUGCUUAUUUCCUGCUGGUCAUUGGUGUUGGCUUGUGGUCUAUGUGCAGAACCAACAGAGGCACUGUCGGCGGCUACUUCCUGGCGGGGCGAAGCAUGGUGUGGUGGCCGGUUGGGGCCUCUCUCUUCGCCAGCAACAUCGGCAGCGGCCACUUUGUGGGCCUGGCAGGGACUGGUGCUGCAAGCGGCUUGGCUGUGGCUGGAUUUGAGUGGAAUGCGCUGUUCGUGGUGCUGCUACUCGGCUGGCUCUUUGCCCCGGUGUACUUGACGGCAGGUGUCAUUACAAUGCCGCAGUACCUGCGCAAACGCUUUGGCGGCCAUCGUAUCCGCCUCUACUUGUCUAUGCUUUCGCUUUUUCUGUACAUCUUCACCAAGAUCUCGGUGGACAUGUUCUCUGGGGCAGUAUUCAUUCAGCAGGCUCUGGGCUGGAACAUCUACGCCUCUGUCAUCGCGCUCCUGGUCAUCACCAUGAUUUACACUGUCACAGGAGGGCUGGCAGCGCUGAUGUACACAGAUACCGUGCAGACCUUCGUCAUUCUCGGGGGGUCCUUCAUCCUCAUGGGUUACGCCUUCCACGAGGUGGGCGGGUAUUCGGGUCUCUUCCACAAAUACCUGGGGGCAAUGACUUCGCUGACGGUGUCCGAGGAUCCGGCCGUGGGCAACAUCUCCAGCUCCUGCUAUCGACCCCGGCCCGACUCCUACCACCUGCUUCGGGACCCUGUGACGGGGGACCUGCCGUGGCCCGCAGUGAUCCUAGGGCUUACCAUCGUCUCGGGCUGGUACUGGUGCAGCGACCAGGUCAUAGUGCAGCGCUGCCUGGCCGGGAAGAGCCUGACUCACAUCAAGGCGGGCUGCAUCUUGUGCGGCUAUCUGAAGCUGAUGCCCAUGUUCCUCAUGGUCAUGCCAGGCAUGAUCAGCCGCAUUCUUUACCCGGACGAAGUGGCGUGUGUGGUGCCUGAGGUGUGUAAGCGUGUGUGUGGCACUGAGGUGGGCUGCUCCAACAUCGCCUACCCGCGGCUAGUCGUGAAGCUCAUGCCCAACGGUCUGCGCGGACUCAUGCUGGCCGUCAUGCUGGCAGCGCUCAUGUCCUCACUGGCCUCGAUCUUUACCAGCAGCAGCACGCUUUUCACCAUGGACAUCUACACACGCCUGCGGCCUCGUGCAGGCGACCGGGAACUGCUGCUAGUAGGAAGGCUCUGGGUGGUGUUCAUCGUGGCCGUGUCAGUGGCCUGGCUACCCGUGGUGCAGGCCGCACAGGGUGGGCAGCUCUUCGAUUAUAUCCAGUCAGUUUCCAGCUACUUGGCACCCCCCGUGUUUGCUGUCUUCCUGCUGGCGCUCUUUGUGCCCCGCGUCAACGAGAAGGGUGCCUUCUGGGGACUGAUUGGGGGCCUGCUGAUGGGCCUGGCACGCCUUAUUCCUGAAUUCUCCAUUGGCACCGGCAGCUGUGUGCAGCCCUCGGCGUGCCCAGCGCUGCUCUGUGGCGUGCACUACCUCUACUUUGCCAUCGUACUCUUCCUCUGUUCCGGCCUCCUCAUUCUCAUAGUCUCACUGUGCACUGCACCCAUCCCUCGAAAGCAUCUCCACCGCCUGGUUUUCAGUCUCCGGAACAGCAAGGAGGAACGAGAGGACCUGGAUGCUGAUGAGCUGCAAGGCUCCUCGCUCCCCGUACAGAAUGGGAGCCCAGAGCACGCAGUAGAGAUGGAGGAGUCACAGUCCCCAUCACCAAGCCUAUUCCGCCAGUGUCUGCUCUGGUUCUGUGGAAUGAGCAGGGGUGGGGCAGGUGGUCCUCCACCCCCUACCCAGGAGGAGGUGGCUACAGCAGCCAGGCGGCUGGAGGAUAUCAGCGAGGACCCGCGCUGGGCCCGUGUGGUCAACCUCAAUGCCCUGCUCAUGAUGACCGUGGCGGUGUUCCUCUGGGGCUUCUAUGCCUAAGGCCAACUGUGUUGGACAACAUAAACCACAGCAAGGGCAGGGCCCACCCUCACAAUAAGUGGGAGUGGGUGGCCCUCAGUGGUCCCCAGAAAAGGGGAAAGGGCAGGAGUGGGGUGGGAAGAUCCUGGUUCUCAUUUUCUCUGUCUAUCUCCGCCUGGGGCUCAGUCCAUCUGACUGGCAGUCACUUCCCAUGAGGGCUUGGCCAAUCUGCCAUAGCAGCUCCCCUAAGCAAAAAUAAAGCUGCCUUUCCC